AUGACUGUCACUAAAGACGACGCCCAUCGUCUCUGGCCCGUCCUAGAGCGUCUCAAGAAGCCCUCAUCCUUCACCCCCGACACCGUCCCUACAAUGGAGCGAUGGUUAGCAGCUGCUGCUGACAAGAUAUGCUCCAACCCCAACGAGAACAUAGACUGGAUGCAGGUCGUUUGGGCAAUUUGUGAUAACUCCGCCAAAGUCGACAAACGCCUUAGUCGACGCGCCGUCCUCACGGGUGUCGCUGUUAUGAAAGAUAUCAUCCCCGCCUAUAAAAGCACCGGCGUAGGUGUUCAGAAAACCAACAAGAAGUUGAGCAAGCAAGCCGAGGAAAUCCUUACCUACGACACUAAACUCGUCGACGCUUACCAGAACCUGCUCACCCGCCUCAAAACGAUGAAGGAGAUCCGCGGUAUGUGCGCCCUGCUCACCUGCGCUUCCCUCUGGACCUUCAACGACUUCGACCGACUUCUAGCAAUGGUAGUCUCCAGUGCGGGCAGUGGUGACACGACGGCUAUUAACACCAUUGAAGGGGUCCUUAAGGACGAUGCGGCGGUCGAGGUCGCCACCAAGAAAAUAGUCAUAAUGAUUGGUAAAGUGAAAAGUCCUCAGCAACUGGUCCAUCUAGCGCCUCUGCUGAAGUUGGCCAGGACCGACACUAGCAAUAACAUUAUCGAGGAAACCCAUAACGUGGCAAUUAAGUUGGCUUCUGGGGAGGAGGACACUGACAUCAACCGGGACUUGGAUGCUGGCUUCGCCGGUCUCAAUAAGGAGCGUGUGAGGAAGGCUGAGGCGGUCGUAUUAGCUGAGGUCUUGGUCGUCUAUCUGCGGGUAUUACGAACGUCCCACCUCUACCCUAAAGAGGUGAUAGUGGAAUGUCUCAAAGGAGUCGGGGAAAAAGCAGAUGCUGCCAAUUUGGAGUUGGUCAUCGAGAUAGCGCAUGAGCUCCGGGACUUCUUCACAGAGCAGCUGAGUAGUGGUAGUGACAGCGGCCCGUUAUUGGCCGCUCACGCCGCACUAGCACUACUCAAGUUAGCAGGCUCUUCGGCAGGCAAGGCUAUUGGAGAGCCGGUCCAAGCAGCCCUCGCCACCUGUCUCGAGUCGUUACCGAAGCUUCUACGGCUACUGCUUAGUCAAGAGGACGCCACGGGUCUCCUCGAGGGUCUCUGCCGAGGCGUUAUGGGCGUGGAUGCCACCCUAGGGGGUAGUAAGAAUGCCGCACCAUGGAUGGCCAAGGCCAUGGGCGAAGCCUUGGUCACCACACCCUUCGGAAGGGACUCUGCACAUACCUUGUUGGAGAUAUUCACUAAGUUCGGCUCGGUCCGAGGGUGCCUCGAUGAGGAAGGCAUGAUCGUUGGACUUGAUUACACUCAUCCAGUUUGCCUCUACUGGACUGCCAUCGCCGCUGGGUUCCAUUAUGAUCCCGAAUGCUCGAAGGUUAUAGUUCCUCAAUUUAAAAGAUUCUCCCGAGAUUUGGACCGCAGUAGCGGCAGCCAAGCCAGUGGCACUAUCUCCGUUAAACGCAGAGGAGCGAACACAGGUGAAAAUGAGGAGAAUAACGAUGAAGUGUCGGCUUCCCUUGAGGACUGCUGGUUGUGGUCCGAUGCCAUCCGCAGUAAACGGCAGAGGUUAACCGUUACGACUACCACUUCUAGCACUACCGCUCUCAAGAACGCUGCUUUGCGAUUUCAGUAA